UGGGUUUCAUGAUGAAAGCCACGCUUUUCCUCGUCACUCCUGCGUACUACUUUCUCCUUUUCUCUCAGCUUUUCCACAGUGGAAUGUGUUCCGAGGCUGAGCAUCAACUCUUCUCUGUCAUCUUCUCCAACUACAACCAGUACAUCAGACCAGUGGAGAACGUCUCUGACCCUGUGAUAGUCCAGUUUGAGGUCUCGAUGUCCCAGCUAGUGAAAGUGGAUGAAGUUAACCAGAUUAUGGAGACAAAUCUAUGGCUAAGACAUAUAUGGAAUGACUACAAAUUGAAGUGGAAUCCCAAAAAUUUUGGAGGCGUGGAGUUUAUCCGUGUCCCGUCCAACAGGAUUUGGAAGCCAGACAUUGUGUUAUAUAACAAUGCAGUGGGAGACUUCCAGGUCGAUGAUAAAACCAAAGCUCUUCUUCGCUACAAUGGAGAUGUGACAUGGAUUCCUCCUGCCAUUUUCAAAAGCUCUUGCAAGAUUGAUGUCACCUACUUUCCCUUCGACUACCAGAACUGCACCAUGAAGUUCGGCUCAUGGACCUAUGACAAGGCCAAGAUUGAUCUGGUUCUGAUCGGCUCCACAAUUAACUUGAAGGACUUCUGGGAGAGUGGGGAGUGGAUGAUUAUUGAUGCUCCAGGUUAUAAGCAUGACAUCAAAUACAACUGUUGUGAGGAGAUCUACACUGACAUUACCUACUCUCUCUACAUCCGUCGGCUCCCUCUCUUCUACACCAUUAACAUGAUCAUCCCAUGUCUGCUCAUCUCAUUCUUGACCGUUCUGGUAUUUUAUCUUCCAUCUGAUUGUGGUGAAAAAGUGACACUUUGUAUCUCAGUUCUCCUUUCCCUCACUGUCUUCCUCUUGGUUAUUACUGAAACAAUUCCAUCCACCUCUCUAGUCAUUCCACUAAUUGGUGAGUACCUCCUCUUCACCAUGAUCUUCGUCACCCUUUCUAUAGUCAUCACUGUCUUUGUGCUUAAUGUGCAUUACCGGACACCAAAGACCCAUACCAUGCCACGCUGGGUGCGUCAUGUAUUCCUUAGCCUUCUUCCCAGAAUCAUGUUCAUGACCAGGCCUGAUCGAGAGCCAGGGAAGCAAAGAAGUUUUGGUGGUUCCCAUCAAUCAGGUUCCCUCCAUUCAUCCAAUUCUUUUCCUCAACAUCUUACUAAGCAACAGAGCCUUCCAGGUAACUUUCCUCGGCGCACUCAUCUCUUGCUCAGCACCGAGCUCAACACCCUGAGUGAUGCUGUGAAGGCCAGCUCAAGUUUCUUGUGCAGAGAUGGGAGAUGUACCUGCUCCAUAAGGCAGCUUUCUACCAAACUGUGCACAGAUGGAACUGGAGGGGCUGGAGUGGGCACUUUGGGGGCAGUUAGUGGAGCAGGUGGAAAUAGCUCUUGUUCAAGCUCUGAGUCUCUGGAUAUGGGACUUUUGACUCUUUGCACAUUGUCGCCAGAAGUUCAGGAAGCUAUUGAGAGUGUUAAGUACAUUGCAGAGAAUAUGAAGCUACAAAAUGAAGCCAAGGAGGUCCAGGAUGACUGGAAAUACGUGGCCAUGGUGAUUGACAGAAUCUUCUUGUGGGUGUUUAUCCUGGUGUGCAUCCUGGGAACAGCAGGACUCUUUUUACAGCCCCUCCUCAUGGGCGAAGAUAUGUAAUUCUCUACAAUCAAUCUUAAGUAAACUUAAAGAACUCUGACUGGUGCAUUUGACUUAAUGAAUGGCUAAUCGGAGAUGUCUACUGUGCUCAGUAGUCCUUGUGGCAUAACUUUUUUUUUUGCCUUUAUUUCUAAAAAAGACUUCCAUGAAGCCAGUAAAAAGCUCCAUCUUUUUAACUUAUUUGUACCAUUCAUAAUCAGUGUUUCAAAGAAUGUUUUGUUUUGUUAUCUACUGUACAGAGUAUUCUUAAAUGUACAGGCUUGUGAACAGGCUUUUGAAAAAAAAUAAAAGUCUAAAACCGUCUAAAGUGUCACAUGAACUGCAUUAAUGCACUGAUGCUGUAAGCAUAGUCUAAUGAUGCAAAUUCUGCCUCUUAUACUGUAUUUC